CAAAACAAAGGGAAGUUUGACUCAAGAAAAAAAGCAACACACACACACACACACAACGUGUGUGCACUUUUCUUUUGUAACAGUUGCCGAUCUUGAUUUUUAACUCCUCCCGUCGGGCGCACAGGUCGACAGCAGUAUUACAGCGGUUUGUGACGUCAAGGAAACUGUCGGGCUGGUUGCACAGGAGGUCUAAUUUUAAACGUGACCGCUCGUUACUUUUUCGCCACAUCGUAACAACUGCUGUUGAGUGAACAGUGUUCAGCCGAGGCAUACGAGCAUGGAGGUCAUCUUCAAAGAAGGGAUGCUGUAUCUUCAGGGGGUCAAGUUUGGAAAAAGAACAUGGCGGAAAAUCUGGAUGGUGCUUUUCAAACCCAGCUCCAUGGGUGUGGGUCGGCUGGAAUUCUUUUCCGACAGCGGCUCUUUCGGCGAGCAGUCGAAGGCCGGGCGGCAGAAAACGGCAGAGAGGAAGGUGGUGCGUUUAAGCGACUGUCUCAGCGUGACCCCCGCUGCCAAGGAGUCGUGCCCGGCCUGCUGCACAGCCUUCUACCUGAACACCACGCAGUGCAACUACACCUUCGCCUCCGUGGAGACCCAGGUCUGGAUCGGUGCCCUCUGCGCGCUUGCCUUCCAGAGGGAUCCUGAAGGCUCAGAGAAAGGGGAUUUUGAGGGAGGGAAUGGCCUUACCAUGGAGGACAAUGACCUUUACUCAUCUUGGAAAAGCGAGCCAAGUCUUCCUCCUAACCGGUACAAAGUGAAGAUUAUGAGCACGGAGGCGGCUAAGAGGUGCAAGCUGGCCGGGGAGUACGUGGUGUUCACAGACAGCGAGGCCCUGCAGCUGCUCGCUGUCAACACAGGCGCCGUCGUCUACAGCUGGCCGUACAAGCUCCUGCGGAAGUUCGGCCAGGUGGAGGGGGGAUUCUGCAUUGAGGCGGGGCGCCGCUGCGUUUCGGGAGAGGGGGUGUUCACCUUCUUGACCUCUGCCGGUCCCGAAAUCUUCCAGGCCAUCGUGAGGCAGUGUUCGCUGCAGAAGAAAAGCAGCGUCCAGCCCUCCAGUGUCAGAAAAAGGUUUUCAUUUGACACGUCCUCUCUUGCCCCGCCAGCCCCAGCCGGCCACGUCCCGGCUUACGGUCCCGUGGGGGUCCCCCCCGACACGGAGGACAGUUCCGUCUGCCAAUACUCGACGAUUAAUGUCCCCUCUGAGGGGAGUAUGAAGCACCUGAGCCUCAUCCAGCCUUAUCUCUCCUCGAGCAAGGAGGAGGUGAGAGAGGGGUGCGAGGAGGAAGAGGAGGACGAGGAAGACCGCUGUCAUUCCCUGGAGGCUGCAUAUCAGGAUAGCAACACAGAGGACAGCAUUUAUUACAACUUGAGGAAAAGCGCUCCUUCUUUGACGACAAAAACCGAGCAGGAUGAUUUGCAUUGCGUCUACAGCGUGACCAGACGCCCCCCGCCCUCAAACCUCCCGUAUUCGAACCCUCCUUCAACCCUGGAGCCCUCUUCCAUUAACCUCGCCAAUGCAGAUCCCUUCGCCCCAGCGAGGCCGCCAAGCCUGCAUCUCCCCCCAGCGGAUAACUGUGCAGAGUACGACGCGCAGGAAGAGGACGACAUGAACGACCCGGAGGAGGCCACCGGCUCCGCUGCCUCCGCGGCCCCCGCCGAGGCCCCUGGCAGUUUCAAACACAGGCUGGCAGAAAUCAUUUCUAAGGACCUGGCAAAGUUCCAGCCUCCUCUUCCCUACGGAGCAGGCAGCUCCACCAUUUUUCAGUAGGCUGUUAGUUCACAGACUGACUAAAAAAGAGCAGUUUCCAACAUGAUAAACUGUCACGCGGCAUAAUUAGUUUCUUUACAGCUCUAAAAUCCUUUCCACUGGGAGUCUGCUGUCAGGCUUCUUGUGCUCACAGAUGUUUGGCUGUUUUUUUUUGUUUUUUUGUCGUUGUUUUGUUUUGUUCUGUUUGAAAAAUGUAUUUGGAAAGCACUUUUUGGGGAAUUGCGACGGCAAAAUGGAAGAUAAAUCUCUGUUUUGUGCUUCGCAGUUCAGAUAUUAGACGAGCUUUGUGCGUUUAUACCUUUAAAGUCACUUUGCUUGACCAGAUGAAGCAGAAAGCAGUUGUUGAAAAACACUUUUAUACGAUAUAAGAUACAGUUCCUAAUUCUCUCACAUUUUGUCACAUUACAGCCACAAACCAAGAUCUUAUGUGAUAGACCGCAUAAGCAGCUGUAUCACAAAGCAGUGUAAAAUUGUCAAGAGGAAGGAAAAGUAUACAAGAUUUCUUAUUUUUUAAUAAAUGAAAAGGCAAAAAAGUGUGCAUCGCAUUGAAAUUGAGCCCCCUUUCCACUGAUAACCCUAGAUAAAAUCUAUUGAAACAACUGCAUUUGAUAAGCAGCAGUCAAAAGGCACAGUGUAACUGGAGGAGCUACAGAAAUCCACAAAACCUCAUUAAUGGAGGAAACCAAACAGCAGACGUCACGCUGAAGACACCGUGUGGUGUUGUGGCAGCAUUAUGGUUUAGCGAUGCUUUUCUUUGGCAGGUACGUAGAAGCUGCUCUAACAUGGGAACUAACGAUGGGAAUAUGGAUGAAGCUAAAGGAAAGAUAAUCCUAGAAAAAAAAAACAUGCUAGAUGCUGCCAAAGACUUGAGACUAGGGUGGAAGGUCAUCUCCCACCAAAAAUCUUAAAUAUUUACCCAAAACUACCGUGCAAUUGUUUAGAUCAAAGUAUGUACAUAUGAUAGAACGGCCUAGUCAAAGUCCAGACUGAAACCUAGUAGAGAAUUUGUGGUAAAGAAAAUAGAUGUUCCCAGAUCCAAACUGACCGAGCUGGAGGUAUUUUGCAAA